UCCUCCCUCCUCCUGCUCCUCCCCGCCCCGGGGCCCCGUGCCGCCCGCGCAGUCUUCUCUCCUCCCAGACGGUGUUGCCGAGCGGGGCGGCCAUGGAGGCAGCGGCGCGGAGGCGACAGCUCCCGGGAGCCGCGGGCGGCCCAGGCGCCACGUUUGUGCAGGCCAGGCAUGGCUCUGCGAAGGCUGAAGAGACAGACCACACGGCUCCCUUCCACUUUGACCUCUGGUUCUACUUCACACUGCAGAACUGGGUUCUGGACUUCGGCCGCCCCAUUGCCAUGUUGGUGUUCCCACUCCAGUGGUUUCCCCUCAACAAGCCGAGCGUCGGGGACUACUUCCACAUGGCCUACAAUGUCAUCACGCCCUUCCUUCUGCUCAAGCUCAUCGAGCGGUCCCCCCGCACGCUGCCUCGGUCUAUAAUCUACGUCAGUAUCAUCACCUUCAUCAUGGGAGCCAGCAUCCACCUGGUGGGCGACUCCGUCAACCACCGCCUGCUCUUCAGUGGGUACCAGCACCACCUGUCCGUCAGAGAGAACCCCAUCAUCAAGAAUCUCAAGCCAGAGACGCUGAUCGACUCCUUUGAGCUGCUGUACUACUAUGAUGAGUACCUGGGCCAUUCCAUGUGGUACAUCCCCUUCUUCCUCAUCCUCUUCAUGUACUUCAGUGGCUGUUUUACUACCUCCAAGACUCAGAGCCACAUGCCAGGGCCUGCCCUGCUCCUGGUGGGGCCCAGUGGCCUGUACUACUGGUACCUGGUCACCGAGGGUCAGAUCUUCAUUCUCUUCAUCUUCACCUUCUUCGCCAUGCUGGCUCUCGUCUUCCACCAGAAGCGUAGGCGCCUCUUCCUAGACAGCAACGGCCUCUUCCUCUUCUAUUCCUUUGCCCUCACCCUCUCCCUGGUGGUGCUGUGGGUUGCCUGGCUGUGGAAUGACCCUGUCCUCCGAAAGAAGUACCCUGGUGUCAUCUAUGUCCCCGAGCCCUGGGCCUUCUACACACUCCACGUCAGCAGUCAGCACUGAGGCUGCCUGGGAGAAACAGGCCAUGGAUAUUUGUACAUGGGUGCACAUGUGCAUCGUGGGAAUGCGGGCUGUGCACUGUGCCCUGCACACAGGGAUUGGCAGAGUGCACUGUUGAGAGACUCAGCUGCCUUGGUCAGGGUCUUUUGUUUGUUUUUUGCUUUGGACUUAAGAUGGAAUUUAGUUUGGGGAAGUAUAUGAAGGCCAAGAUCCUGGCCCCUGCCCUCCCUGUAUUACACCACUAUUAGAGGUACCUGAGGAACACUCCUAUCUCCCAGGACCAGGCUGGCCUUCCGGUGGCCUUGCAGGUGAGGUCUGGGCGGGGCAGAAGCAGAAGACUCUGCCACCUACCCAGAAGCUGGCUAGCCCUGAAGCCACCUGCCCCUGGACCCUAGCUUUCUAUGUCAGUGUCUAGGCCACAACUUCUGUUCUUUGAACAGAGCAUUUCCAUCUCUGGGCCUCACUUGUUCUAGAGGGCCCUGUGGUCCCCAAGUGGCUCCAUGGACUGGGGGUUACUGAUUCUGUUAGUGCAGCCUCAGCACGGAAGAGUGGUUCUGUCUGUUACUGUGUCCUCACCCUCAGCCUAGUGGGGCACGUUCCUCCCAUUCUUGUCCAGCCUCAGACCCCACUCACACACUGCUGAGAACCCAGUCUCCAGGCAGCCAGAGGCCCAGCUCCAGGUCACUUAGCUACUGAACUCUGGAAACCGGCCUGGGUUUUGAACUACAUGGAAGGCAGAGUUCUCAAAGCCUAGUUUUAUAGAUUCCGAGACCCGUUGUAAGGAUCUGGGACAUUACAAAUCUGUCUUUGAGACAUCGCAUCUCAACCUGAAUCCCUCACCACCUGCCUGGUACCUUUGUUCCCAGCAUGGCGGUUCCUGCCUCACCCUAGCCCAUCUCCUCCCAGGCCUCAGAUACAGAGCUCCAUGGCACAAGAUACCACCACCUCAUUUGGCAGCCAGCACUGGCCUGUGCUGGGAGUCUUAGGGACACUCCUCCUGUGCAUCCUUUCCUUUUGCUCUCAGGGAACACUGGGCCUCAGAUUCUUCUAUUUUGUUGUGAUCCUUCUACAGGCUAGAACAUGCUGGGUGGGUCCUUCUACAGGCUAGACCAUGCUGGGUGGGUCCUACAGGCUAGACCAUGCUGGGUGGUGAGAGGGCUGAAUAAAGGCUGAUGUGGAGCUCAGCCUGGCUGGUGGCUCUUUUACCUUCGGGAGUAUGGUGGGGAGGCAGGAGGGAGUUUUGGAAUAAGGAGGGAGACUGGUUGGUCUGAGGCCUAAGCUGUAUGGUAUGAGGCUUUCUCUCAGUAGGCCUUGAGGACCCUCUCACCCCCACCCUCAUCUGCCUACCACCUAGAGCAGUGGUUCUCAACCUGUGGGUUGCGACCAUCAGAAAACUUAUAUUUCUGAUGGUCUUAGGAACUGAGAAACCACUUUGCAAAUUACAGUUAUCAAGUAGCAGCAAAAAUAAUCCUAUGGUUGGGGGUUACCACAACAUGAAGAACUGUGUUAAAGAGUCACAGCUUUAGGAAGGGCGAGAGCCACUCAGAGUGUGGGUAAGAAGGAUGGCUUCCCAGUCAGUACAGUGUUCCUCAGAGGAGCCUAGGCGGUGAGGGGAAGUAGAGCAUCCUGCGCCUAUCACUGGGGCUGUCCCACCAGUCAUCAUCCCCUGUGCUGGGAGGCAGCCUCAGGCAGGUUGACUGUGCUCUUCGAAGCCAAAGUUCUCAGGCUGGCCACACCCCCCAGAGACAUAGGUAAUGUUACUGGAAGACAGGUGGGUGGGGCUCCACCUCCACCCACAGUCUGUCACCUCUGCCCCAGCUGACCAGCACAUUCCUUACCUACCUCCAGGAUGCUGCCAUUUCAGGACUGUAGUAGGAUGCCAAUUGUUUGUUCCUGGCUGCUCAGCCCCAAAAUAACCACACAGAAAUCGUAUUAUUUGCAAUAC